AUGAGACAUUCAACAAUCAUAAUGUCCAUCGUGAUGGUCAGCCUGAUCUCCAUUACUUAUGCCGCAUUGACUGAUCCUAUAGUGCUCGAUCCACUGACUGGACUUCAGAUCCAAUGGGAGCUCAUGAACGAUACGAUCACCUUUGCUGUGUCUGCCAACGUGGCUUCAUGGCUCGGAAUCGGAUGGCACACCUACAAUGACAACCAACCCAAGGCAAUGGUCGGCGUCGACUUUGCCGUGGCAACAUUCGAGCCCACUGUCACCGUCACAGACAUGGUGUCGACCCCCGGUGGCGGCCCACCCCCCAUCCCCGACACCAGCAUCAAGGUCAACGGCACCAAUGACAUCCUGUCCUUCUCUGGCUACCAGACCGCCGACUACUCCUUCUUCAUCUUCACCCGCAAGCUCGUCACUGGUGAUGUGCACGGAGACAAUGAUAUUGUUGUGGGACCUGCCGGCCUCGACCUUGUCUGGGCACACGGCGAAAAUAACACCUUUGCCUUCCACGGCAUUGGUCAUGCCGGCCGCGUCAAGCUGGACCUAGUAGCACACACCGCCGAAAACGAUCUCGAGGUCUUUAUCGGUUAUCACAUUGGCUUCAUGUUCUUCACGUUUGGUGUCAUCAUGCCAUUCGGUAUAUUUAUUGCUCGCUUCCUGCGUCAGUCGCAUGCCUGGUGGUUCCCCGUCCACAUGAUCACGCUGUUCACUGGCGUCGUCUUCUCCAUCAUUGGUCUGGGCAUGGCCAUCAAGCAUUGUGGCGGCCUUGAGAUGUCGUCUAACCAUGCCAUCAUGGGUAUCACGACACUGGUGCUGUUCUUUGUCACCGUCAUCAUGGGCUCCACGUCGCACCUCAUGUAUGAUCCAAACCGUACCAAGACUCCCCUGUUCCCAGACAUCAUCCAUCACUUUGGCGGUCGCAUCACCCAAAUAUUUGGCUUUGUCACCAUCAUUCUAGGUAUGCUACUCUAUGGCGUACCACAAGGAAUCAUCGUAGUCUUUGGCUUCCUCUUUGCCUUCUAUAUCAUCAUCUUCCUUUUCAUCGAGUGGUACCAAUGGAGGUUUCCACACAGCCAACAAGUGUACCAUACAGUCAAC